CGCGUCCGGCGCCUGUUUGUGCAGCGGCGCUGGGGCCCGGGACGGUCCCGCCACCCCACCCCCGGGAGCCGAGAGCGGUCCCGGGAGAGUCCGCGGUGCGCGGGCCCCGGAGACGGCGGCCCCCGCCCCACAGCGCCCCCUCCAGGCCCUUUCCCCGCGCCCGAUAGCGCCCCCGGGGGGUGGCACGGCACCUUUCGCGCGCGUCCCGGAGAGCUUCCCCUUCCCUCUCCCUGGCCAUGGCCCCGGCGGCUUAGACGCCUCCUCCGCCGCCGCCGCUCAGAGCAAGCCGGGGGCCGGAUGGACGGGGCCGGGGGGCCCGGUGAGGGCCCUGCUCAGGAGGCCCUGCAGUCCUUGAGCAGGCGGCUUCGGGUGCAGGAGGAAGAGAUGGAGGUGGUAAAGGCAGCGCUGGCAGAUGCCCUCCGCCAGCUUCGGCUGCGGGCACCCCCUCCCUCUCUGCAGGGUGUGGACACAAGGACCUCUCCCAGGGACAGCCUGGUGGUCCACCCAGGGCUGCCACCCACAUGCAGCCCCUCCUUGGUGAGCCGGGGUACCCAGACAGAGAUAGAGGUGGAGAUGGAGCCAUCAUCUGGACCCCCUGGUCUGAGUAACGGGCCCCCAGCCCCUCAGGGGAGCAGUGAAGAGCCCAGUGGGGCCCAGUCUGAAGGAGGAGGCAGCAGUAGCAGCGGCACUGGCUCCCCUGGUCCCCCAGGGGGCCUCAGACUUGGUCAACCCCCACAGCGUGCUGACGGGCCAUGGAGGAGUUCCUCCUCCUCUUCAGCCCCGUCUGAGCGGCCUCGACAGAAACUCUCCAAAAAGGCAGCUUCCUCAGCCAACCUGUUACUGCGGUCAGGGAGCACAGAGAGCCGUGGGGGGAAAGACCCACUCUCCAGCCCGGGGGGGCCUGGAUCUCGAAGGAGCAAUUACAAUUUGGAAGGCAUCUCAGUGAAGAUGUUCCUUCGUGGCCGCCCCAUUACCAUGUACAUCCCGUCUGGCAUCCGCAGCCUUGAGGAGCUGCCCAGCGGCACGCCCCCGGAGACCCUCAGCCUUGACUGGGUCUAUGGGUACCGGGGUCGUGACUCCCGCUCCAAUCUGUUUGUGCUGCGCUCUGGGGAGGUGGUCUACUUUAUCGCCUGUGUGGUGGUGCUAUACCGGCCUGGGGGAGGCCCAGGGGGGCCUGGAGGCGGUGGCCAGCGGCAUUACCUGGGGCACACAGACUGUGUUCGAUGCCUGGCUGUUCACCCUGAUGGUGUGCGUGUCGCCUCAGGACAGACAGCUGGAGUGGAUAAGGAUGGAAAGCCCCUGCAGCCUGUGGUUCACGUCUGGGACUCUGAGACAUUGCUGAAGCUGCAGGAGAUUGGGUUGGGGGCCUUCGAGCGGGGCGUGGGGGCCCUGGCCUUUUCCAUUGCGGACCAGGGUGCCUAUCUUUGUGUGGUGGAUGAUUCCAAUGAGCAUAUGCUGUCCGUGUGGGACUGUGGGCGCGGCGCGAAGCUGGCUGAGAUCAAGAGUACCAAUGACUCGGUUCUGGCAGUUGGCUUCAGCCCUCGUGACAGCAGCUGCAUUGUCACCAGCGGGAAAUCCCACGUCCACUUCUGGAAUUGGAGUGGUGGAUCAGGGGUCCCUGGAAAUGGGACCCUUACCCGGAAGCAGGGUGUCUUUGGGAAAUACAAGAAACCCAAGUUUAUCCCUUGCUUUGUGUUCCUCCCUGAUGGAGAUAUUCUCACGGGUGACUCAGAGGGGAACAUUCUCACCUGGGGGAGGAGCCCCUCAGAUUCCAGGACCCCAGGCAGGGGUGGGGCCAAAGAGACCUAUGGGAUUGUGGCGCAGGCCCAUGCUCACGAAGGUUCCAUCUUUGCGCUGUGUCUCCGGCGGGACGGGACCGUGCUCAGCGGUGGCGGGCGGGACCGCCGGCUGGUACAGUGGGGGCCCUCCCAGCAGGCGCCUGGCUUGGUGGCCCUCCAGGAGGCUGAGAUUCCGGACCACUUUGGGGCCGUGAGGGCCAUUGCUGAGGGGCUGGGCUCAGAACUGCUGGUGGGAACCACGAAAAAUGCGUUGCUGAGGGGAGAUCUGGCUCAGGGCUUCUCCCCCGUGAUUCAGGGCCACACGGACGAGCUCUGGGGGCUCUGUACUCAUCCCUUCCGAAACUGCUUCCUCACCUGCGGCCAUGACCGGCAGCUGUGCCUGUGGGACGGGGAGGGCCACGCGCUGGCCUGGAGCACCGACCUCAAGGAGACUGGUCUCUGUGCCGACUUCCACCCCAGUGGGGCAGUUGUGGCUGUAGGACUGAACACCGGGAGGUGGCUGGUUUUGGAUACAGAGACCAGAGAGAUUGUGUCGGACACCACCGAUGGGAACGAGCAGCUCUCGGUGGUCCGGUACAGCCCAGAUGGGUUGUACCUGGCCAUUGGUUCCCAUGACAACAUGAUCUACAUCUAUAGCGUCUCUAAUGAUGGGGCCAAGUCCAGUCGCUUUGGCCGCUGCGUGGGUCACUCUAGCUUCAUCACUCACCUUGACUGGUCUAAGGAUGGGAACUUCAUCAUGUCCAAUUCUGGGGACUAUGAGAUCCUUUACUGGGAUGUGACUGGAGGCUGCAAACUGCUGAGGAAUCGCUAUGACAGCCGAGAUAGGGAGUGGGCGACGUACACCUGUGUGCUGGGCUUCCACGUCUAUGGCGUGUGGCCGGAUGGCUCCGAUGGCACCGACAUCAACUCCCUAUGCCGCUCCCACAACGAGCGCGUGGUCGCCGUGGCGGACGACUUCUGCAAAGUGCACCUCUUCCAGUACCCGUGCGCACGUGCCAAGGCGCCGAGCCUCGUGUAUGGUGGCCACGGCAGCCACGUGACGAGUGUCCGGUUCACGCACGACGAUUCGCACCUCAUCUCGCUGGGCGGCAAGGACGCCAGCAUCUUCCAGUGGCGAGUGCUGAGCGCCGGGGGCGCGGGGCCGGUGCCUACCACGCCCUCUCGAACCCCCUCCCUUUCCCCUGCUUCCUCUCUCGACGUCUGACCUAGAGCCGAUGGGACAUGCUGGCCCUCCUGGGUGUCUGCGGUGCGCCCCGAAAUCCCCUAGGACGGGGGGCCAACCCUUUCCUGGACUUUGAGACAUUCCUGAACGCGCAUUCCCCCGAAGGGGUCGACCGUCACUCCUGCACACACUGUAUAGACCUGCUGGCUGAGCUGGGCAGCACCAGCCUGAGCUUCGACUCCCGCUGCCAGUUGAGGGGCAAUAAACCAAAACCAGAGUCG